AAAAAAAAAAAAAUUUCACUGCAAAUAUUCAAGGAAAAAAAAGUGAUAUAAACAGAGCUUUACCCUCAGCGGCUCAGCCCCUCACAAUCACCCCCCCUAAAACCCUAAUCGCCAUUACCAAUACCUUACUCCUACCAUCAAAAUUAGUUAGAAAAUGAGAACCCUAGAUGAGCAAGAAACAACCGUCGUUUUCGAAAAGCUCUACAAAUUCGUCGGCAACAAUCUGAAGAAUAUAGUCGAAAAUCCCUCUUACGAAGGUACAAACCCUGAUCCUGGUCGAUACUGUUUCCGAUUGCAGAAGAAUCGAGUUUAUUACGCGUCUGAAUCGCUCGUAAAACGAGCAACCAAUGUUUCUAAAGACAACCUUGUUUCAUUAGGAGUUCAAAUUGGGAAAUUCACCCACCAUGGAAACUUCCAUUUAACUGUUCAUGCUCUUUCUAUCCUUGCACCCAAUGCUAAGCAUAAGGUAUGGCUUAAACCCACUUCUGAAAUGUCGUUUUUGUAUGGAAAUCCAGUUUUGAAAGCUCAUUUAGGGAGAAUUACUGAAGAUAUUAAUGCUGGUGAUGGGAUUGUUGUUUAUUCAAUGUCUGAUAUUCCUUUGGGUUUUGGAAUUGCUUCUAAAUCUACCAAAGAUGUUCGCAAAUCUGAUCCUCAAAGUAUUGUUGUUAUUCAUCAGGCUGAUAUUGGUGAGUAUUUGAGAAUGGAGGAUGAGCUUUAAAUUUAAUUUCGGGGAAAAUUAAGCUUUUAUGUUUUUCGGUGUUUAUUAUGCUAAUAGUAUUUGUUAGAUACUGGAUACAUACUGUUGAAACUUGAAUAGUUCAAUUGUUAUAUGGGAUUGAUUCAAAGCUUCAAUUUUGAAAUCAAAUUUUGUAUUAGUGUUCUUGUGUUUCAAUAUGUAUUGAUCUCUAUUCUCUAUUAUCUAGUGUUUGGAUAAAUUUAUCAAUCAAUUCCAUCA